AGAACCCCCAUUGAAGGAAGGGGAAGGCGAUAAAGAAGACAUGCUCACUCGAGUCGAAUUCAACCAGGGAUCACAACGAUUCAUCAACAACAGCACCGAUACACCGAACAGAUGCAACAGAGGUUGGAAGUGGAAGCAAUACCAGAACAGAACAUCGAGAAUAAUCAUCGAACAGGAUCUAGGAUGCUUGUAUCAUGAGCCGGUCGAUCGGAGGUUAUUCAUCAACACACAGGAUUCAGAAAAAUGUAAAGAAGAAGAAGAAGGCAUAGUACAUGAGCAAGAGGACGAGGCGGCCACGAUCAGGAUACCAGAUUGUCGCCCCUAUGUGCCGAUCAAAUACCAAGCUUCGGUGGUCUUUUCAGAUACUUAUCGGGUGCCUCAACUGCUCUUUCAAGCCUACAAACCAGAUGGGACUCAACUGAAUUUGGACGAGUUGAUCCAUACGGAUAUCUUUUAUGGAGACUCGCUGGAGUAUCCGAUGAAUCUGAUCAAAUCCAGUACUUCAUCAUCAAAAGAAGAUAAAGAUAAAGAGGAGGAGGAGGAGGAGGAGGAAGGGAAGAGAGUACAAUUACCAAUCCUGACAAGGACCAUCCAUCCAAUUGACAACCAAACUUAUUGGGGCCUGCAUCCUUGCAACACUCAAACCAUCUUGAAGGAGAUCCUAGAAGAAGAGCACAGGAAUCACCCCAAGAAGCUUCCUCCUCAGUUGGUCAUUGAAUCCUUCUUUGCUCUUGUCUCCAGUAAAAUCAGACCUCCUCAACACUGCCUGCUCUGACUUUUUCUUUUUUCUUUUUUAAUUCUAAACUCUUAUGGAUUACAUUUGAAUUGGUUUCUUGCAGUAUAUCUUCCUGCAUUUGUUGUUUCUUAUUUUCCCAUCACUUUGUGUUUUUUUAAACUCUUAUGAAUUACAUUGGAAUUGGUUUCUUGUAAUGCUACUUGUAGUAUAUCUUCCUGCAUUUGCCAUUUCUUAUUUUAUCAUCACUUCUUUGUGUUGUAGAAAAUCCUCUGGUUACCAAGGCUAUGCUG